GUCUAACUUAUCUACAAAUGUAUCAAAUUUAUUAAUUUUAAAGUAUAGAAAUGCCGCCGACUAUAAACAAUUCGGCCGUUAAUAGCGCCACUGAUAAGCGACCACCACGGCAAACAGAACGCAAAUCCGAAAUAAUUUGCCGCGUUAAAUAUGGCAAUAAUCUACCGGAUAUACCCUUCGAUCUGAAGUUCCUGCAAUAUCCCUUCGAUAGCAAUCGAUUUGUGCAGUAUAAUCCAACGUCGCUGGAACGUAAUUUCAAAUACGAUGUACUGACUGAACACGACCUGGGGGUGACAGUAGAUCUUAUCAAUCGGGAGCUCUACCAGGCCGAUCCCAUGUCCCAAUUGGAUCCGGCUGAUGAAAAACUACUAGAGGAGGAGACAUUGACGCCGACAGAUUCAGUACGGUCGCGACAGCACUCUCGCACUGUAUCCUGGUUGCGCAAAUCCGAGUAUAUUUCGACUGAGCAAACGCGCUUCCAGCCACAAAAUCUGGAGAAUAUUGAGGCCAAGGUGGGCUACAAUGUGAAAAAAUCUCUGCGUGAAGAGACCCUUUAUUUGGAUCGGGAUGCACAAAUCAAGGCCAUUGAGAAGACGUUCAGUGAUACUAAGAACGAAAUUACCAAGCACUACUCCAAACCGAAUGUGGUGCCGGUGGAGGUGUUACCCAUAUUCCCCGAUUUUACCAAUUGGAAGUAUCCAUGUGCUCAAGUCAUUUUCGACAGCGAUCCUGCACCACAGGGCAAAAAUGUGCCCGCCCAGCUGGAGGAGAUGUCGCAGGCCAUGAUUCGAGGUGUGAUGGACGAGAGCGGAGAACAGUUUGUUGCCUACUUUCUGCCCACAGAGACAACGUUGGAAAAACGUCGCGCAGAUUUUGUGGCCGGCCAACUCUACAAGGACGAUGAGGAGUAUGAAUAUAGAAUUGCUCGAGAAUAUAAUUGGAAUGUCAAGACAAAAGCAUCCAAGGGCUAUGAAGAAAACUACUUCUUUGUCAUGCGACAAGAUGGCAUCUACUACAACGAGUUGGAAACACGUGUGCGUCUCAACAAGCGUCGCGUGAAGGUUGGCCAGCAGCCGAACAACACGAAAUUGGUGGUUAAGCAUCGUCCACUGGAUGCCAUUGAGCAUCGUAUGCAACGCUAUCGGGAGCGCCAGCUGGAGGUUCCUGGUGAAGAUGAAGAGGAGGAGGAGGAAGACAAUCAAAUGGAAACAGAAGAACAAUCCGCAACCCAGCCUGCAGCUGAGGAGGAAAAGGCAGCAGCAGACACCGCUGCCAAAUCAAAAACUUCUCCUGACGAGGCAGCUGCUGGCAACCAGACACCUGUGCCGGAUGCACAAGAGCAACGAGAACGGCAAUCGCGCUCCAGAACUCGCUCCGGCGGCAGUCGUUCUCGCACGCGUAGCCGCAGCGCUGGUAGCGGCAGUGGCAGUGGCAGCGCAGCCAGCGGUUCGCGCAGUCGCAGUCGCUCAAGCUCAGUGAGUGGCUCUGGCUCACGUGCCAGUAGUCAUUCCAAAUCAGGAUCCCGAUCACCAAGCGGCUCACGUUCACGCUCCCAAACACCAGCCGGCUCCCAAAAGUCCGGCAGUCGCAGUCGCAGUCGCAGUCGUAGUCAGAGUCGAUCCAAAUCAAAGUCGAAAUCCAAAUCAAAGUCACCCAGUCGUAGUCGCAGUCGCAGUGCAUCAGGAUCACGUUCUGGAUCAGGCUCUCGCUCGCCAAGCCGUUCGCGCAGCGGCUCGCCAAGUGGCUCGGGCUCCAGCUCUGGCAGCGGCUCCGAGGAGGAAUAAAACUGAACAGAAUCUUUUUCUGCAUGUAAUUUACGAAGAAUACACAAAAAUAAACAAACAAAUGAAAUUGGAA